AUGAGUCGACGUGAAUCAUACAUAGAAGAUGAGGAUUUUGACCAAGCUUUAAAUUAUUCAGUAUUUCGAAAAGAUUUAUAUAAAAUUUUCGAUGCUCAUCGAAAUAAAGAGUUAAUCAUUGGAGAAUUAGAAAGUGAAAUGUCCACAUUUGCUAGAGAAAGUGAACGUUUGGAACGGCAACAACUAAAAUCUACCCAUGGACCUACUGCUGAAAUUUACGAUCAGUUUUAUCGGGAUCACAAGUUAUUGUUAAAAUUGUUUCAACUUUUGGGAGUAAUGCCUAUUAUUCGAGAACCGGGAGCAGUCGCAUUCAGAUGGAUUUCAUGGCCAAUGAUAUAUGCAGUUAUAGUUUAUUCAAUAGCAACUGUAAUCGUAAUUUUGGUUGGUAGAGCUCGUGCAAACAUUUUAUUACAAACUUCGAAAUUUGAUGAAUAUAUAUAUGCAGUUAUUUUUCUAAUAUUUUUGGUACCACAUUUUUGGAUUCCAUUCGUUGGUUGGGGUGUAGCAGGUGAAGUUGCACGCUAUAAAACAAUGUGGGGUACAUUUCAAGUUCGUUAUUAUCGUGUUACUGGGACAACUUUAACUUUUCCAAAUUUAGCAAUUUUAAUUGGAGUCAUGUUUAUUGGUUGUGUUUUUAUUGCAAUUCUUUUUUUAGUUUCAUUACAAAAUCUAUUAGAUGGAUUCUUGUUGUGGCAUACAAGUGCCUAUUAUCACAUUAUAAUAAUGAUAAAUAUGAAUGCUUGUUUAUGGUAUAUAAAUUCAACAGCAAUUAGAAUUUCAGCAACAAGUUUAUCUAAUCAAUUCCAAACUGAUAUUCAUAUAGAGUGUAAUGCAUCAAUGAUAUCACAAUAUCGAUAUUUAUGGUUAAAUUUAAGUGAACUCUUACAAUCACUAGGCAAUGCUUAUGCUAGAACUUAUUCAACAUAUUCUAUAUUUAUGUUUGUUAAUAUAACAAUAUCAACUUACGGUGCUCUAUCAGGAUUUCUUGAUCAUGGCAUUGAAUUAAAAGAUGUUGGAUUACUUGUAAUUGCUUUGUAUUGUUCGAUUCUAUUAUAUGUUUUUGCUGAUUGUUCUCAUAAAGCAACUGAAGUUGUAGCUCGAGGAAUUCAGGAUACACUGUGUUCGGUUGAUUUACAUAAAGUUGAUCUGCAAACUCAAAAAGAAAUUGAUUUAUUUAUUGUUGCAAUUCGUAUGAAUCCAGCUGUUGUUGACUUGAAAGGAUUUGGAAAUGUUAAUAGGGAACUGCUUACAUCGUCUCUUGGAAUUAUUUCAAUUUAUCUUCUGGUGCUAUUACAAUUCAAAUUAAGCUUGCAAAAAGGUAUUUAAUUAUGUGGACUAUGUAGCUUAUAAAGA